AUGGCUGCUCUGUCGGCAGGCGCGCUGGCUCCGCUCGCAGGUUGCAACUGCUCAAGCCUAGCACCUUUACUCCCCCUGAUUGAUCGUCUUUCUUGGUUGCCUGGUCUGUCUCCGCUCCCGUGGUGCAGCCCAGCUGCGUUAUACUGCCGAAGGAGUCCUCCACUUCUCAAGGUCGCCAUCGCCAAGACGCGGCCAGCUGUUCACCAAUUUGCCCCUGCAAGCCUCCCAACAUGUGCGGCUAUGUCAGAACAUGGACGUCAGGAAAUCCGGAGCAAUGAGUACCAGCUGGAUGAUGAUGAGCCGCUUUGGCUGGCAGUGGUCAUAGACCUUGCUGCUGUGGGUUUGAAGGGAUUGGUAGCUUUCUUAGCUGAGCAGCCGAGGCAACUGAAGCACCUGGAGUGGCCGGCCUUUCAGCACACGAUGAAGACGGCUACAUUUACUCUUGUACUGGUAGCUGUGUUUAUUGUUGCAUUGUCAACUAUUGAUGCUGCCCUCUGCUACAUGCUGGCCUGGCUACUUCGAAAAUCUGCGUAG